AGAAAAUAUAACAAAUAAAAGAAUCAAUUUAAGCAAAACAGAAGGAGCGAAGUGAAUUGAUCUGUACCUCUCUGAAUCGAUCCUUUCAUCUUCUUCUCCGCAGUUCGUCAGCCCAGAUUUCACUGCGUUCUCGCUGUAUAAUUCACAUUCAAUGGCCGGAAGAGCCCAGAUUCCGCAGAAAAAUUCAGCUCUUGUUGCAAUGAUCGCAGAUGAGGACACCAUUGUAGGAUUUCUGCUUGCAGGGGUGGGUAAUGUUGACUUGCGGAGAAAGACAAAUUACCUUAUUGUGGACUCAAAAACUACUGUGAAACAAAUUGAAGAUGCAUUUAAAGAGUUCACAGCAAGGGAAGAUAUUGCAGUAAUUAUGAUAAGCCAAUAUGUUGCUAAUAUGAUAAGGUUUUUAGUUGAUAGCUAUAACAAGGCAAUACCGGCGAUCUUGGAGAUCCCUUCGAAGGACCAUCCCUAUGAUCCAACUCAUGAUUCAAUUCUGUCACGAGUUAAGUACCUCUUCUCUGCUGAAUCAGUAGCAUCUGGGAGGCGCUGAGUAUUAAUAUGGUAUGCACGCAGUGCAUGCGAUUCUAGAAAACUAAACAUAAUUUAUAAUUUGUUUGGUUCUUUAUCGUUCUGUACUGCAAACUGUGAAAUUGUUCAAUCUUCUUCUUUCGCCGCCAAAGUUGCUCUCCAUAUUUUUAUUAUUCACAGUUCGUCUGUUAUUGUAUUAUCAGCUUUAUGUUUUU